UUCAUACAUCAGUACAAUGGGGGUCCAAGUGCACAAGCUCACAUCAAAUUCACAUCAUAAAAACAUUCUGACUUCUCUGCAUCAGCUCAGGAUCCAAGGACAGUUGUGUGAUGUUACAGUGCAGGUGGACUACCAGGGAGAUGUUCAGGAGUUUCAGGCCCACCAGGUGAUACUUGCUGCAUCCAGCGGCUACUUCAAGAAAAUCCUUUUGUCCCAGAAUGCAACCAAAGAGAAAUUAUUACUCUCAAACAUGCAGUCCAAUGAUUUCUCCAAGUUUUUAGAAUUUGUGUACUCUGGGAAGAUCAAAGUUGCUCAAGAUAAGAUCGGUGAUGUCCAAGCCGUGGCACAGAUAUUGGAUUGUGAGAGUCUGUCGGAGAUUUGUGCUGAAGCCUUAAGUACUGGAGUUCCACAAAAACCCAGAGAGAGAAGAACACGUGCCUCAAAACACAAACCUCAAGAUGCUUCAGGUAGCACUAAAAAGAGAGAAAAGGCAAAAGGAAAGAAACAACCCAAUAACACUUUUCUAAAGCGGAAACUCUCCAUGAAGAGCUCUGAGAAAGACGACGUCAUUAAAAAAAGAUUAAAGGUGAAAAACAUGCAGAAGAAGGCAAGAAUACGGGGUGAAAAAUUAAAACAGAAGCUUGCAGGCCGUAAAAUGGUCCAUAAGUCCUCUCAGAAUCUUCACAGUGAAAAACAAGUUGAGACAAAAAGCACAGAGGAGAGUGGGAACGGGACUGGAGACGCUGUUCGGCCAAACAAAAAAGUAGAAAAGACCUCACUGCUGGAGCAUUUAUCUGAAGAUGAAUGGGGAUGUGACGACGAGGUGCAGAGUAUUGACCCCUUGUUUUUAUUGGACACAGAGGAGGAGGACGAGGAAGAAAAUGAACAAGUUAAGAGGAAACAAAAAAAAACCUCCAGGGCCCAGUUCCUGUGUAACAAGUGCAUGCGGACUUUCCACUAUGAGAAAAGCUACAUGAAACACAUCAGUACUUACCAUGGAGAGACAGCAGAUGUAAUCUAUUGCUGUGAAGUCUGCCAACAGACGUUUGCUAACCGCAGCAACCUGAAGCUCCACGUAAAGCACGUUCACAGCACUGAGAGGCUUUUUGAGUGUGACAUUUGUGCAAAGACCUUUAAACGAAAGAAGGAUGUCUCCCGCCAUAAGAAGCAGGUGCAUGAACAAAAACAACAAUACAUGUGCCUUGAUUGUGGGAAGAGGCUCAGCUCCAAAGCUACUUUGUCGUUGCACCAGAGGACACACACGGGCAUCAAACCCUACGAGUGCACCAAGUGUCAGGCCAGAUUCACCCAGAAGUCUGCCCUCAAUAUGCAUCAAAGGUAA